UGGAAUUAAAAUUAAAAAAAGAAGAAGAAGAAAGUUUCCCUUUUUUGAGCUUCUUUUGCUUCACGAUCCGUCGAUUUCUACGGAGGAUCAUGCCUCAAACUCGAGAAAUCCGUAACGAGAGCAGAGAUCAAAUCAAGAUUGGAGCUACCGGCACAAUUAGUUCUUUAAUGUCCAGAGAGUUGGAGUCCAUGAAACAUUCAUCUCACGCUUCUUCUUCCUCUUCCUCUCAAAAGAAACUUCAGGACCCUCCGGUUUCAGUCCCUUGUGGAUAUUCUCCUAGGAGAAAUCAGCCAAGAAGAAGUCAAGCCAUCGGUUCUUCGAGCAGUAGCAACUGCAGCAAUUCUGAGAGCAGAAUCCCUGCAGAUGCUCAAAAGCCAAAGCCAAAGCCUAAGUCUAGGACAAAUGAGCACAGAUCUCCAAUGCUCGCCUCCAUCGAAACUAGCACAGAGAAAUUUGACAAGAAGAAGAAGAAGAAAGGGCAGAGUUGCAUAGUAGAAGCGGUAGAUCUCAAGUGCAACAAUCCAAGGAGCAGUCGAUUUAAGAAACUCGGGUUUUCUAAGCUCUCUGAAUCUAUCAUCUAGCCUUGUUGAGGCAAUUUCUUGCCUUCUGUCCUCAGGUUUUCUAUUGCAUAUGCUUUGUGAUUUUGUUGGGAUUUCAUGUGCUGAGUAUAGUCCCACAUUGAAAAAAGUUAAAGAAUAGUGGACUUAAUAGAA